AUGGUUGCACCCAGAAGCAAAUCCACCGACGAGGAACAAGAGGAGAUUAAGGGGCUUGAUGAAAUUCUAAGCAAUGAUGAACACGGUGCCGACAUUCAAAACCAGCCCGGGCCCUCCAAACCAGCUGCAAGGCAGCAAUCUGUAGGUGUAGAAGAAGUGGACAAGGACAGUCCUCGGCAUGCUUCUAUUACACACAAGCCUCAGAGGAGGUUCCUCGCCGGGUUAUGUACCAAGGAGGAAUACUUGAAGUUGGUGGAUGCAGUGUACCAACUACUAAAGGACAAGCCCGGGCCUGGCUCCCAGAGUAAUGGCGAGCCAGAGGAUUACUUGGACUACUGGCUGUCAUGA